GGCAUACUCUGAGUGAAUUAGCGAUUAACUGUUCCAUUCCAGCUCUUAUCGCAUUUAAAAGCGUAAAAGUUCAGAGCAGAUUAACAUAUUUGAUAAGUGUUGGUUACUUAGUUUACUGUGAAGAUUGGUAGCUAGUUUAUACUUUUGCAAUUUUGUGUACAAUUUGACUUCUCUGAUGACCAUACUAGCGGCUAUCGUUAAAGCAGGAAUGAUGGAAAAACUAACGGACCCCGUCACAAGCGACAGCGAAUUAGAAGAGGGAGAGAUAGCAAACGACGAUAUAGAAAUCAUUUCAGAAUUUAUACGUCAUCCUCCCAUUAAAUCCCAGAUGUUAAACUCCAGGAAAUCUGUUCUUGAAACUAAUGUGGUGUCAUCUAGGAAACCAGAUAGUUUUACAGAAAACCGAUUACACAGUACGAAGCAUCCAGGGUCUGGCAUAAACAGUGGAGGAAAUAGUGGGAAAAUGGAGUUGAAACAUGUAGGUGGUUUAAAGCCAGCCCAAAGAUCCAGUAGGGGAAAAUCAUCUGUUUCAUCAAAGAGAAAAUCACCACCAAGAAUGCUUAAAAGGUUAGGUCAAUCCAGAUCGAGGAUGGAUAGCAAUAGUAGUUCUAGAAAUCGAUUCAGUGGUAGUAGGUCCAAUAGAGAAAAGGUGCCCUCAAACCAGGCUAGGAAAGAAGAAAAACCAGGCAACUCUGUGACAAUAGGAUCUGAAGAAUCCAAAGAUAAGAGAUGGAAACAAUCUUUUGAAUUGAUUACUCCAGGUUCUGUGGAAAGCAUGGAAGAGGAUUCUGGUUCAGAUGUUGAUGAAGAAAUUAAAUUACGAAUAGAAGCCCUGAAUUCAGUUGUUGUGAAUGCAAAACCAAAAGAAAUUUCCAAUUCAGAUGUCACAUUACCCCAAACAAAUUCCAUGCCAGAGCCAGUAAUCUCUAGUGGAAUACAGGAAGAGGAAGAAGAAGGAGACGACGAAGAUGAAGAAUUACUGAGGGCGCAGCUUUUAAUCGAAGUGGCUCGAAAACAAACAAAAGAUUUAGAAGUGCAGAUGCAGCCUGAGCAGAAAGAUAAAAAAGUUGAUGAACCGCCAAUGCUGAAUCCUGUUAUCGAAAGGCGAAAUCUUCCGAUAAAGGUUCCACUGAAACCUAUUCAUAUCCCAAAAGCUGACCGGCUUGUAAUUGAUUUGCGGAAUGAUUCUUCCGAUUCGAGUGACGAAGAAGAAUACAAUGUAGAAAGCUCGAUCGCUGCCCUUCUUAGAACAGCCCGUCAGACAGUCGAGGAGAGGAAUGCAGCUAUACCUCAUGCCCUUUCCCAUUUACCCCGUAACCAACAAGAAGAGUAUCAGAGGCUGAAACAAGAGAUUCUUCGACGUGAAAACCAACUUCUAAAGCAAGGAGCGUCCAAAGUUCCCACCCUUGUCUUGCCCCAGUUAGAUAAUAUUCCCAAAGGCGAUUUAUCGGCUUCCGUUCAGCAACCUGCAACUCAAGAGUCUAGGGUCGUUUCUAGGACUACCACUUACGAAAAGCCCAUUCUUGUUUCUUCUAAAAUUGAUUUAGUGCACUCGGCGGGAAAAGACCGGUCAGCCGCAUCCCCCAAGCCGUCCGUGGAGUUGACUACAUCGCGAAGACAAGCUCCGAUCAUUCCGCCACCCACUGUCCCCUUUGGUGCCAAUGCUAAAGAAAACGAACUAAAUGUGGAAAAUAACAAGAAAUUGGGAGAAACUCUGGCAGCAAAAUCACAUGCCACAGUAUCGACGCCUCGUGCUUCUGAUGGACCAAAGAUCAAAUCCCCGUUGAAAUCCAAUGAAUCCAGCUCACCGAAGCUUAUCGCCUUGAAGCAACAGCUCCUCCAUAAAAAGCGUGACUUGGCGAUGACAAAAGAGACGCUUAAGAACCAGUUGGGAUUAGUGGACAAAAAUCGAUUAUUAUGGUUAAAUAGUAGCCAAGAAGUGAGUCGGCUAAGGGCUUUGCUCCAAACAGCGGAAGAGACCGAGCGACAGCUUCGCACACAACUCACCAAUUCUCAGCUUCAAACACAACGUUUAAAAACAAAAAUGCAGUCAAUUGAACGUCAAGUUACUGUUCUUAACAGUGGUAUAGGGACACAUCGGACGAGGCGCAUGUCUGCCAAAUUUCGACCAAAAUUGACAACUCAACCUGGAUUGAACAGUUCAACGACUAAUUUUAUUUUACCCCCUUUAACACCCCUUCGUGUUAAACCCCGAGUCUUUGCCAAAGCAUUGGCUAAAACCAAUCACCUGACGUAUCGAAAGCCUGCAGAGGCUGCUAUUGACAGUGCAAUGUCAAUUAAGGGCGCAGCUCAAACCAAAACGAAACAGACCUUUCCAAAUGUUUUAGAGGGCAACAAAAUCCUUCACGACGAACACUGGCUCUACGGUACCUUAGGCGAUGACUGGAGUCAUCCGAAUAAUGUCAGCAGUUACCCGAUAUGGUCUCCACACGGACAUGCCAGCCGAUUCCUUAGCAACGAAGAAUUUCGUUUAGAUUCAUCACUCGUAGUCUGCCGUUACCAACUGGAUUCGACUUGUUGCCAAGUGGUGCCAUGCCCGUUUCAGCACCUUCCCCAAAAGGAUGCACGACGUCUAGAGAAGUCAUCUCCGAUGGUCUCCAAAAGCACAGCCAGGUUGGCAACGUUGGCCCUUCCGCAGCUCACGUUUUGACAAAACCGGCAGCAGGAGAGUCUAUACUCACUUAUGUUUGCCUUUUCAUUAGUGUUGAACCAAGUUGCUGAAUGAGCGUCAAAAAUCGAUGCUUUUUGGUACAAACUAAUUUUUUUUCUUUUCCUAGUUCGGGCCGGGUCGAGCUAUAACCUUGUUACGAAAUUGACAAAAAAAAAUAUAAAAGAAAAUGAUUCCUGAAAAACAUACAUAAGCAAGUUAGUAGCAUAACUCAUGCUCUACUGUGCCAAAAUUCAUGAGUGGCAGCGUAAGUAUAAAAAUUUUUUUUCGUUUUGUCUUCCAUUCGUUGGGUUUGACUGAGGAAAAAAAAGAAAAGUUUUGUGAUAAUAUAUUUAGCAACUAAACAUGUCUGCCGAUUAGUGUCGUGUCUUCAGACACUUGCCCAAAAAUCCUGAGUGCUAAAACGAGUUCGCGGCAUCCGAAGAACAGCAUGGAAAGCAGUCAAUUAGUGCGUCUUUACUUUUUCAAACCAGCCUUAAAGCAGCUUUAAUUGCUGUUCAUCGUAUUUCAAGAAACAUUGUCAUACCUCAUCGGUGAAAUCGUCUGUGUAAUAACUGGAAUGAAGAGGAAAAAAUAAAUGUACAAAGACCUGGUCA